CCCGAAUUGGUGACAUCUAGAAAUUCAGAGUUAUAUAUAUCAGAUAAAAUUUUACUACAAACAUAAAUCAGUGAAUUCACUUCUAAGGAAGCUCUUCUUUCCAAUAAAGUUAUCUGUUUUAUUUGUUUGGAAUAUUUCCUCCUGAUCUCAAGUCAGAUUUGCUUAGAGUUAAAGACGUAAAGAAAAGAAUAGUUCAGUGUCAUUGUGGGAGGAUGUAUUGCCGGUUAGACAGGAAGUAAAUAGCUUCAUACGUGCCUGGAAUAACAAAAAAUAUCUAAAACAUUGAGACACAAGAAAACAGGAUCCAGAGGAAACGGUACACCAUGAAGAUCAUUUUGUGGAAAGUCGUGUGUGUUGUAUGCAUUCUAUUCUUUAAUGCUACAGGUUCACUGUCUCAGCUCAGAGUUUGUGGUCAGGCUCCUCUGAACAACAAGAUUGUUGGUGGUCAAAAUGCUGCUCUUGGUUCCUGGCCUUGGCAGGUUAUUGUUCAGUCAGCAAACACCCUCUGUGGUGGCAGUCUGAUUAAUCAGAACUGGGUCUUAACAGCUGCUCACUGUUUGAAAGUGAAUGGAAUAGCCUUUACUGCACGUCAAAUCACAGUCUCACGACGACUUGAAAAUGGGAUUGUAAUGAAGACAAUAAAUGCUAUUAAAUUGAUCAUUCAUAAAGGCUAUAACGAUGAAACUCUGGUCAAUGACAUUGCACUAGUCCAGCUCUCCUCUUCAGUGCAGUUUAAUGAUUAUUUCCGUCCAGUGAGUCUUGCUGCAAGCAACAGCUCUUUUCCAAGUGGUACCAAUGUCUGGGCCACAGGAUGGGGUAGAAUCAGUAAUAAUAAUUUGCAGCUCGCUCAAAAGCUGCAGGAGGUGAAGUUGCAGAUUGUCAGUAACAGUGACUGUGCACAAAAAUAUUCACCAUUUAUUAUCACAGACGGUAUGAUGUGUGCUAUCUCUCCUGUGGGUGGACAGGACAUAUGCCAGGGUGAUUCUGGAGGUCCACUAAUGGUGAAUUUUAAUGGAAGCUGGAUUCAGGGUGGGAUUGUGAGCUUUACCUCUGGAAGAGGAUGUGCUUCCCCAUCUAUACCCAGUGGGUAUACCAGAGUGUCUCAGUACGAAGACUGGAUUAAUAACACAGGCAACAAUCAACCAGAAUUUGUUGCAUUCUCCUUUGGCAGUUACAUCUCCCUCAAUCUCUUCUGUCUGUUCCUUUCUUUCACCAUCAUCCCCUUCAUUCUCCCUUCCUUAUCCAUCUACUAGUGAUGUUAGCCAAAUUAAAGACACAAGCACCAAGCACAGAAAGUAAUCUAACAUAACACAGAAUUCAUUUGAAAACACCAAAACAAACACGCCCCUAACCCAAAUGGGUUCCACCCCUGUAUUUAUAGCUCCGCCCACACAUGCAUACGUAACCCAGGCAAUUAAUGGAAAGAAGUGUGUCUAUCAUAGC